AAAACUGUCACAUGCUUAUUUUAAAGUAAAGCGAGAAAAGGUUUGAUUUAAAUAGGAGAAAACUUUAUUAUCUCUUAUAGUUUCUUUAAUUUUACAACAAUCAACAUUCUUCUAUAAAUGCCCUAAUACUUUGGCAAAGGCCAUGCCCGCCUUUCUCCAUACGUUUCAAAUUCCUUCUGUAUUUCCCCUACUUAAAGAAAAAAGACUACUGGACUGAAAGAAAAGAAGAACUAUUUGUCUCCAAUGAAGAAAGAAGAAAUAAAUUUUUGUUAGAAUUUGGUACUUCAUGUGAUUUUAUCAAAUGUUGAUAUACUUGCUUGCUGCAAAAAUGCGACAUCCUUGCGUUUACAAAGGGACUGGCCAAUACACCUUUUCUCAAACAGGACAAGUGGUGAAAGCUUGUGAGGUUCUCAUAUUUACUGGAGGGCCAUCUUCUACUGAUAAAUGGGUGGUCUUUGCAACUUAAGUUAUAAUCCAUUUUAAAAAUUUAUAUCACCAUGCUUAAAUAAAGGACCAAAUUAAGUUCCUAAUUGUCAUACAUGGAACAUGACUUUAGCCUUACCAGAGAAAAUGACAGCUAUCCUGCUAAAGGAUCAAAGUUGCAACAGUUCUGUUAUUUAUUUGUGCAGCUGCUUUUGUUUCUCAGGAAAAACAGUUAUGCAGUAAUCGAUUCCACAUGCUUAAUUUUGUAGGUCAGGAAGAAUUUGAUAUUAAAGAUUCAACCUAUGCCUGUGAGCAAAACAAUCUUCUGGUUUUCUUUUUGUCAGUUGCAAUGUUGUACUUUGCUCCUGUGUUAGAAUGUGUAAACAUUUUCUGCUUGGAACAUUUCAUCCACUUAUCUACUUACAGUCAAGCUGAUAAGAUUGUGAGAUGCAGCUAUUGGAACAGUCACAUUUCCAAUCUUGCUUGCUCAGCCGAUUGUUAAUAGGAAACUGCAGAUGACUAGUUGCAUGCCAUAGUGUUGCCUUGUUUUCUGAAGCAAAUGUUUCUAUGGUUUAAAUAUCCUCUCCUUUCUAAGAGACAUUAGCAUAAACAAACCAGCAGGCUUUAUCCAAUAUAUGGUUAUGAUCAGGGUCUGCUGAACCGACCUGUACCGGUUGGUUCAGCCCGAACCGGACCGGUACCGACUGGCACCGGUCCGGUUCCGAGGUAUAAAACGGUUCCGACCCAUAUUGGGUCGGAACCGUUCGGUUUGAUGGUUAAAUCGGUGCGAACCGAGCCGGUUCGCAUCGGGUCGGGUAUUUUUGGUGGGCCAGAGGCACUUUCAAAGUGCCGCUUUGUGCGGCACUUCAAUUGAAAGUGCCGCUUUGUGCGGCACUUAAAAUGAAAGUGCCGCUUUGUGCGGCACUUCAAUCGAAAGUGCCGCGCUGUGGCUCACAGUGGCACUUUUCAAAGUGCCACAGUGCCUCAAGCCCUCAACGGUUGGCUAUAAAAGCCGACCGAAUGCUGAAGCGAAAUCCAUCAGCUUAGGUGAAGUAUUUUGCAGAGAGAAAGGAGGAAAAGAAGAGAAAGGCAAAGACAGGCAUGAAAAAAAAUUAGAAAGGUCGGAGAGCGUCGUUUUUCUCGAAGAAAAAUCCAGCAAAAACUAAAUAAGGUAAAAUUUCUUUUCCCUACAUUAUUUUUUUAAUAUUUCAUUUAAAUUGCUUAAAAAAAUUAAGUCAAAAAUUGCCAAAAAAUAGGAAAUGAUUCAAUGAUUCCAUUUCGUCUUGAAUUUUUUAUAUGUUGUCGAUAUAUGGACGAUGUUAAUGGUGACAUUAACUUUUGUUUUUACAGAAUUUAUAUAAUUUAAAAUUUAAUUAAAAAAUUUAAACAUUAAUUUUUAAUUGCAAAAAAAAUAGAAAUUGAAAAAAUUUAAUGUGGUUGUAGGAAUGGAGCCGUCAAGGAGAGGGCAACCCCAAGAGCGUAAUAUUGGCUGGGAGCAUGGGAAGAUGCUCGGUGAACGGCACCAGUUUCAGUGCAAUUAUUGCCACAAGUGCUUCAAAAGAGGAGGAGUAAUCAGAUUAAAGCAACACUUAGUCGGUAAUUCUCGUGAGAUAUCUGCAUGCUCGGAGUGCCCACCGAGCACCCGUCAGCUGAUGAGGAAAAACCUCGCUGAGAUCAAAGCAGCCAAGGAGAGAGCUGCCAAGCAGAAAGCGGAGGUGGAACGCCAAGCUGUAGAAGCACCUUCCUAUCACUUGAUGGUGUCACAGGAGGUCGAGGGUCCAGAUGAGGAGACACAGAUUCAGGCUGCCAUGCGGGCGAGUCUGGAUGAUUGGUGGCAGCAGGAGGAGGUGGCGAGGCAUCGGGCUCGAUUUGGGCCCUCGUUUUUCGAGUCGGGCGCCGGUUCUGGUGGAAGCAGACAAGAUCCAGAGUUUCAAAGGACAAUCUCAGUCAGGGAGGGCGAGGGCAGAGGACGUAGCCGGAUUGCAUCUAUCCUGGGUGGUUUUAGUGGCCGAAAGAAGUCUUCCGGAGGGAUUCCACCAGGUGCGUCAAUCCAUGAUGUAGAUCCGCAUGCCUUCCCCAGGAGAGAUUCGAAGUAGCAAAGGGUAGACACAAUGUGGAAGAAGGAGAAGAAGAAGGAUAUGUGGCGAGCUAUUGGAUUCUAGUUCCACUUCAGCCACAUUCCAGCGAAUGCUGCAGACAAUACAUACUACAAGUCUGCCAUUUCUGCCAUACAGUCUGCCGGUCUCGGUGUCGAUCCUCCAGGCCCGAGGGACAUCUACGGUGAGCUUCUUGACAACAAUAAGGAGAAGCUAGAGAAUUGGAUUGGCUCAUAUAAGAGCAAGUGGCCCACAUAUGGGCUCACUCUGAUGUGUGAUGGUUGGACCGGUCCAACAAAGCGGGCCAUCAUCAACUUUCUGACAUACUGUGAUACGAAGACCUUCUUCCACAAGUCAGUUGAUGCUUCAGAUAAGGUGCACAACGCCUCAUACAUCCUCAGACUUAUGGAGGAGGUGAUUGAUCAGAUUGGAGAGGAGAAUAUCGUGCAGGUCGUCACUGAUAACGGGCCGCAAUAUAAGUUGGCCGGGCAGGUCUUGAUGGAGCGGCGACCACAAAUUUUCUGGACCCCAUGUGCUGCACAUUGCAUCGACCUCAUCCUGAUGGACAUUGAAAAGAUCCGUAGGGUGCAACAUACGGUGGAGAUAGCCCAACGCAUCACCAGGUAUAUUUAUAGCCAUACUUGGGUUCUUUCAUUAAUGAAAAAGUAUGCAGGGGGAGAAAUUCUUAGAGCAGAAGUCACACGGUUUGCUACGAAUUACAUUGCACUUGAUAGCCUUAUCGAGAAGAAAGGAGCCCUACGUCAGAUGUUUGUCAGUCCCGAGUGGCAGGAAAGUAGAUAUGCCCAGGCUGGCACUGAAGGAAGCAGAAUGGAAGACUUGUAAACAGGCAGUCAUUCUGGCAGCGGGCCAAUGCGAUAGUCAAGGCUAUCAAACCAUUAUAUCAAGUGCUGCGGGCCGUGGAUAGCGAGAGGUACCCCCAGAUGGGCUUUUUGUAUCACAUGAUGGAGAAGACAAAGGCUCAGAUCAUGGAGGCAGAUGUAGCCCAUGCCUAGGAGUACAUCGACAUCAUUGAGCAGCGGUGGGAAGCCCAAAUGGGUAGAAAAUUGUAUCUAGCAGCAUACUAUCUGAAUCUCCGGUUUCAGUACGAGAGUGGAAUUGGUAUGGAUGAUGAACUUCUUCAUGCUCUGCGUAAUGUUAUUUAUAAGAUGGAGCCUGAUCCAGAAGUCGCCGCGUCAUGUAUAGAAGAGGUAACUAUGAUUUAGUAACAUAUGUAAAUAUAUCGGAUCUUAUAUUAUUGACAUACUACAACAAACUUCUUUCCACAGACCAAAUUAUUUAGAGAGGGCAGCCAUAGCUUUGGACAACGACCAGCUGUCGUGAGUAAGACAACUAUGAAUCCAGGUACAAUACAAAUCUGCAAGACACCUCUGCAUCUGAAUUAUCUUCAACUAUGAGGCCAUCAUAUAUGUAAAAUGUAAUUAUCUUCAAUAUUUUUGCAGCUGAAUGGUGGAUUCAUUUUGGCGGAUCCGCAAAAAAUCUUAAGCGGAUAGCUAUCCGGAUCCUCUUCCAAACGGUCUCCUCGAGUGGCUGUGAGCGCAACUAGUCUACCUUCGGCCUCAUCCACAGCAAACAGAGGAACCGUUUGACACAAAAGCGCCUCAACGACCUAGUUUAUGUGCACUACAAUCUGCGGUUGAGGCUAAAAUGCAUUCAGGAGGAAGUGGAGCUCAAGUAUGCAGAUCUCAUCUAUAGGACUUUUACAGAUGAUGAUGAUAAUCCUAUGCUCGACUGGCUUGCGGCCCAGCAGCACGAGCUCGAGCUUGAUGAGCCAGGAUCGCCUCGACGACCAGCCAGCAUCAUAACCAUCGAGGCUAUGGUCGAUCCACAGCAAUGGGCUGAGCGCAACAUUCCACGUACUCCUACAGCUGAUAUGACGUGUCUAGAGGGGAGCCAGUCACCGCAUGACUGGUACGAUGCUCCCGUUCAGAGAGAUGAUCCUCUCAUGCGAGGACGAGGACGCUCUAGUACCCAGUCAACUCGAUCAGGAGGGCGUCAAUCCCAGCAAAGAAGAAAAGGAAAAGAAAGGGCCCCAAUGGAGAGUGUCGAGGAGGAGACUUGGACCAGCAGCGAUGAAGGUUCUGGUGGUGAUGGAUCUACUAGCCAUGGAGGAAAUGGAGGACAGUAUGAUACUACUUAUGAGACACAGCCGGAGGAAGGUUUUCGAUACACCGGUGAGUCUCAGUUUACGCAUGCUACACAAGAUACGGACCACGGUAGGCCGUCUGAUAUAGGCCGGUCGGAUACCAUUGCAUAUCGAAGAAGAGCUCAUCGAGGUCGUUCAAGAGGCCAGGAUGCAGUUGCAGAUGACCUCCCAUGUGGAGUCGGAUCCAUUGAUGUAUCAAGUUCCGAGUCUUCCUAUUAUCCGCGGCCUCAGCCAGCCUAUGGAUAUGGUGCAUCGGAGUCAUCUUCCGGUGGCUACUAUCCUGCGCAGCCCGGAGGGUCUUACGGGUCGGAUUUUGGUGCCGGCAUAUUCGGAUGGGCCCCUUAUCAAGACACCUCUCAGAGCCAGAGCUUCAGCGAGAGAUCCGAGAGUUCUUAUGAGCCGACGCGCAUUCUUCGAGGAUUGAGCAUACAAGACUACAAUGCCGCUUGGUUAGAAGGAUGGGUUGAUCUGCCUCCAUAUUAUGCUGAUGAUCCAGAUAUUGACGAGAAGCAUCGCCACUCAACCCGAUUUUAGAUAUCCGAGAGUGCU